AUGACGAUCGCGCGACAACGUCAUACAGCAUCUGUAUUAGCAAAUGGAAAAGUAUUAGUGACUGGUGGAAUCGGUGGUGAAAAUAGUGCUGAAUUAUAUGAUCCAGCUACAGGAACAUGGAGAGUUAUCAAUAACAUGAAGGAUGAACGGUUCGAUCAUACAGCAUCUGUAUUAGCAAACGGAAGAGUAUUAAUUACUGGUGGAUAUUCUAGCAGUGCUUUGAAUAGCGCUGAGUUGUAUGAUUCAUCCACAGAAAGUUGGAUCAUUACUGAAAACAUGAACCAUAUGCGAAACGAUCACACAGCUUCGAUAUUGAUAAACGGAAAAAUCUUAGUCGCUGGAGGAUACGAUGAUCAUAUAGCCAUAAAUAGUACAGAGUUAUAUCAAUCAUCCUAA